AUGAGUUCCUCAAGGAUAAUGGACCCUAAGAUGCGAGAGACUGAAGGAGAUGGAGAGGACAAUUCAGGAAAGAAAAAAUCAAAGUUCAAAUCUUUCAAGAAGUUUUUUGUUAAAAAGAAGAGGAAAGAGACAUUGUCUUCUGGGAGUAGCAGCCUGAAGUUAUUCCAGUCAACAAGUGAUGUCGCCGCCUCUCACGACAUGCACAUCAAUUAUGAUUCUGAAGAUGAACUUGAGACACAUAAAGGCAUUAUGGGAAGCAGAGCUUUGUCACAUGAUAGCAUUUUCAUCCCUGAGACUGGGCAAGAGCCUGCAAGGCCAGUAAGAGUGUUUUCUCAAGAAAACAUUUCUGAUCGGAUUAAAGCUUUACAGCUGAAACUCCAGCCUACCAUGAAACUGGGACCUCCACCUCCAUUUGGACUUCAUGCAAAGCGAACAGAGGACGCUGGGACCAGUUCUGAAGAUGAUGGAUUACCCAGGAGCCCUCCAGAAAUGUCUUCGCUCCAUGGAAACCUAAAUUCAGACUCAACAAGAUUCUCUGACUCUCACAAGCACCUUAGCUCUUUGAGUUUAGCUGGAACAGGCAGUGAAGAAGAAGAACAGGUUACAUUGAGUCCUUCUGGAUCUGACUCUACAGACGGUCAGCAGUUCCCUAGGCAUGGAAGUGCUAAAACUGGAGCUCCCCAGAUAUCUGACAGUACCAUCUCGCCUGCAGCCAAUUUUGACACUCCACCUGAGCUUUCCUCUUGCUUGGAUAAUUCUGCUGCUAAACACAAGCUUUUAAUAAAACCCCGGAACCAGAGAUCCAGCAAAAUGAGAAGAUUUUCUCAGAGGACCCAGUCUGAAUCUCUGCCUGAUUUGAGCUGUACCCCAGAAGAAGAAGAGGGUGAUGAAAAGGAGAUGCAGACAGACUUGCCAGAUGCUGUAUUCAAACCCAGCAAUCAAGAACUGCCGUGCAACACAGCUGCAGCACAGGAUGUGGCUUCCUGGCCAAAGCCCAGAAUGCCUGAGGACCUUCCCCCUGCUUUGAGACCAGCGAUGAUUCAGACUCCUUCUGAGUCUGCUGUUGCACAGGAAGCCCUGCUACAAGAGAAUGAACCGGAGGGCUGCCAACCAACACUGGAAACAAUGUGUGUGGAGUCUGAGUCCUCAUUGCUGUUAGGAGGCAAAGACUCAACAACUUCUUCCUACUUCAGCCCAGACAGAGAAGUACAAAAGAAAGAAGAUUCCUCAGAAACACCAGUUCUGUUGUCUGGGGAUGUGAGCAAUGUGUCAGUCAAUAUCUUAAAUCAAGAAAACAAGGAGCUUUCUACUGUAUUUUCAGUAAACGAAAUAACAUCCAAAGAAGAUAUUUCAAUUAGUAAGAGUAGUAUUGUUUGCUUGGAAAGGUCAGAAGAAAAUAUACAGCAGGAUGAUCAGAUACCUGUGGAAAUGCCCUGUAACAAAGAGGCAAAGAAAGAGGUUACGCUAUUGUCAGAGCAGUUUCCCACAGGUUCUUUCCAGCCCUCAGACUCAUUCCAUGUUUCACAUCCUGCUUCCUCAACACGAAUGGGAUCAUCUGAUUCCUGUUCUCUAGAGAAGAUAAAGACUGCACAAGAGGCAGCUGCUUCUGGUAAGGGGGAACUUUUGGGGAAGAAAGCUGGAAAAGCAGCCAAUGAACUCAAUGCCUUGAGAAAGUUUUCUGUCUCCUCUGCACGGGAGAGACCGAGGACCAGAAGCCUGCACUUCCCAGAAAGAUCAGAGCUGGAGAGCUCAGUAAAUACCGGAGUCUUCCUGUCGAAAGCAAAGGUCUCCUUGAGAAAUGAGAGGUGGAAAGAAGACUUGCAGAAGGGAUCAGAUCUGGAGGAGGAAAAAAGUAGCAACAAAAAGCAGGCUUUGCUGCCAGAGUCCAGCUCUGAGAACAGAGGCCAACUUACAGAAAUUUUGGCUGCUUGUGUUUCACCGGCUGUUGAUGCAGUGCCAGUGCCAAGCGACUCUUUGGUGGUAUCUCAGAAUCAGCCAAGCUGUGAAGAUAAAAGUCCUUUUCAAGUGAAACUUAGAUCCACCUCACUGUCCUUGAAAUACAGAAACAACUCAUCACCAGAAUCAAAAGGAAUUAAAAGAUACAGUGCAGAGUUUAAUUUAGAAAAUGAGAGGUUGACUUCCUUUCUAAAAGGUGAUAAGGCACAGAUCAAAAAAUUAGCUGAUAUAAAUGUUGGGGAUUCUUUGAAUGAGAAGAUCAGACCCAAAGUGAAGUCCUCUGAACAGCUUAGUAGCAAGCCUCCAUUGCCUAGGAAGCCAGCUUUGCAAAACAUAACUGUUCCAAAUACUACUGGAAACAAGGAGAAGCAGGACAAAGCUAUUCACUCUCCUGAACCCAGAAAUGAAGAUGGAGACUUGGAGAAAAAGUCAAAUCCUUGUAAAGUGCCUGAGAGAAGUGUACCUUCCCCUGUGGCUGCUGGCAACUCCACAAGAGAUCCCGAGUCGUCUGCAGAGCCAGCCUGGGUUUCCAUAGCCAGGCAGAGGCAGAAGGGCAUGCAGCAGGAGCAGGGCCUCAACAGAGAGAAACAAGUGGCUCCUGAUGUUAAGUCGGAUACAGAGAAGCAGAAUAAAGAGAAGGAACGAACAGAGGGGUCAGUGAAGCAGCAAUGGAGCAAACCAGCACACUUGGCACCUAAAACCGCUUCUGAAGAACAGAAGAAAGAGACAAAGUCUGAAGUGAAGGAGCCGCUGCUGAGAACCAAUUCACUAUCACAUUAUGUCCCUGUAGCUCCUUCACCAGCACUGGAGGAUAAAGAGGAAAUAAGCCACUUGAAAAAAGCCAGUAACGCUGCUCCAGAUCAACCAUCGUGGAUGGAACUGGCCAAAAAGAAAUCGCAAGCUUGGAGUGAUAUGCCACAGAUUAUAAAAUAG